GUGGAAGUUGGACACAACUAGUCAACUACUACAGGUAAAAAUGUUCCCUAUAUAGUUUACAUAUCUCAACCAAAAUCAAAACCAUAGCUUUUCUCGUACAAUCCAAUUGAUGGCAAAAACAACGCGCAUAGCUUUUGUUACCAGUCCUGGCUUGACCCACCUAGUUCCAAUACUUGAGUUCUCCAAAAGAUUCUUGGAGCUUCACCCAAAUUUUCAUGUCACUUGCAUGAUUCCCUCACUUGGGCCACACCCAGAUUCAACCAAAUCCUACCUUCAAACUCUUCCUUCAAACAUUCACUCCGUCCUUCUCCCUCCAAUCAACAAACAAGACUUGCCCCAAGGAGCAUACCCUGGAGUUCUUAUCCAAAAAACCGUUACCCUCUCUCUCCCAUCAAUUCGUGACACCCUUAAAUCCCUCACCUUAAGGGAACCACUUGCAGCUUUGAUCGCAGAUGCUUUCGCCUUCGAAGCACUUUCAUUCGCUAAGGAGUUCAAUUUCUUGUCCUACAUUUACUUCCCUUCUUCAGUUAUGGUUCUUUCAUUGUCUUUGCAUUUGCCAAAACUUGAUGAGCAAGUUACCGGUGAGUACAAAGACCUAAAAGAUCCUAUCUAUUUACCCGGUUGUGUACCAGUUUUCGGGAGAGAUCUUCCAUCUCCAACGCAAAAUCGAUCCACUGAUGCUUACAAACUCUAUCUAGAACGUUGCAAAGGAUCGAGUAUUGCAAAUGGAUUCAUAAUCAAUAGCUUCUUGGAAUUGGAAUCAGCUGCUAUGAAAGCACUUGCAAAGGAGAAAAGUUGCUUCAGCUUUUAUGAUGUUGGACCAAUUACACAAAAAAGGUCAUCAAGCAAUGAUGGUGAUGAGGAAUUAGAGUGUUUAAGAUGGUUGGAUAAACAGCCACAUAGUUCUGUUUUGUAUGUUUCUUUCGGAAGCGGCGGAACACUCUCUCAAAGCGCAAUCAAUGAGCUAGCUUUCGGUUUGGAAUUGAGUGGUCAAAGAUUUUUAUGGGUUCUUAGAGCACCAAGUGAUUCAUCGAGUGCUGCUUACUUAGACAACCAAAAGAACGAGGAUCCUUUGAAAUUUUUACCAAGUGGGUUUCUAGAAAGAACCAAAGAGAAAGGUUUGGUUUUGCCAUCAUGGGCACCCCAAGUACAAAUCCUUAGUCACGAUUCAGUUGGUGGGUUUUUGAGUCAUUGUGGUUGGAACUCGGUGUUGGAAAGUGUGCAAGUGGGAGUUCCAAUAAUCACAUGGCCACUCUUUGCAGAGCAGAGGAUGAAUGCUGUAUUGUUAGUUGAUGGACUCAAAGUGGCGGUGAGGCCGAAUGUUGGAGAAGAUGGUGUUGUUGAAAAGGAGGAAGUUUCAAAGGUGAUAAAGUCUCUAAUGGAGCAGGAAGAAGGUAAAGCAAUGCGCAAAAGAAUGGAGGAUUUGAAAGCUUAUGCUGCUGAUGCAGUGAACAAAGAUGCUGGUUCUUCAACGCAUGCGUUGUCACAAUUGGCUAGUGAGUGGGAAAAUUUUAGUGGGAUUGGAGAUAAUAAUUAAUAAAGCCUUUUUCUUUUUUUUUUGGUCAAUACACUACUCACACACCCACACUUUGAGGAUUUCUUAAACCUCAUCCCAGUCUCAGCUGGGGUUUGAACUUGGUGCAGCAAUUAAUAAAGCCUUUUGAGCUUCGGUUGGUGUGCAUGUUAUACAUUGUUUAAUAUGGGCCAGCUAUGGUGGUUUUUCUCUCUCUUGUUUUUUCUUGGUAUUGGACUGAUAUUGAAGUCAGUAAUAAAAUUUCUAGUUUGUUUGA